AUGUCAACCCCAGGAGCUGGUCAUGAAUUCCCUCGCCAGGAGGUGUCCUGGCUCAAGCGUGACGCUCUACUUUUUGCCUACAGUAUCGGCUGCAAGGCCGAUGAGCUGCAUUUUCUCUACGAGCUCCAUCCGAACUUCGCGGUCUUUCCCACGUAUCCUAUAAUUCUUCCGUUUAAGCUCACUGAUCAAGAAGUAACGGACUUCUAUGCCCGUUCUGGCGGAUCCCCUAUCCCUGGUGUUCCAAAGUUCGACUAUCGCCGCGUGGUUGACGGCCAGCGCAAGCUCACCAUCCUUAAGCCCUUGCCCCCCACGAGCGAGGGUAAGAAGUUCGAGUUGCGCAACAAGGUCAUUGGAGUCUAUGACAAGGGCAAGCCUGGCACUGUCAUCGAAACAGAACAGACUAUUGUGGAUGAGACAGGCGAGAUCUACUCAAGAACUGUUAGCAGCGGUUUCUUCGUUGGCCAGGGUAACUGGGGUGGACCGAAAGGCCCCAGCAAUGCCAACUAUGCCCCACCUGAAGGCAAGCAGCCAGAUGCCGUUCAUGUAGUCCAAACGAAUCCGGAGACAGCCCAUCUCUAUCGACUCAACGGAGACUACAAUCCUCUACAUGCUACUCCCGAGCCUGGCGAGAAGAUGGGCUUCGGUGGCGCCAUCGUCCAUGGCCUCUUCAGCUGGAAUUCCGCUGCCCAUGGUGUUCUGCGAGAGCUCGGUGGUAGUGAUCCGAAGAAUCUUAAGGAGAUCCAAGCGCGCUUUGCUUCGCCAGUUAUACCUGGUGACAAGCUUAUCACUGAGAUCUGGAGAACGGGCAGUCUUCAAGAUGGGUAUGAAGAAAUUCGAUUCGUGACCAAGAAUGUGAUGAUUGACCGAGGUACUAGCACAUCGCGUGCCGUGUCAUCAUUUACCCCGAAAUAUGUUAGAAUGACCUACAAGUCAUCAUCCGUCUCAACUCGAUUCCCUUCGCUAGUACGCGCGAAUUCAUCAGUGGCAAAUGCCCGGGCCACACCCUCUAGCAGCGAUAACGAGGAUCCCUGGCCUCUCCACUUGAGGAACAAAAAGUGGGAGGCGUUGCAGCUCGGUCAUGAAGGUCAAGCCAGCAAUUUUGGGACGUUUUGGCUCCGGGACAACUGCCAAUGUUCCAAAUGCAUCCAUCCAGACACAAGACAACGAACUGUUGAUACGUUUGCGAUACCUGAUGAUAUCCGUAUCAAAGAUCUCAGUUAUGAGAAGGAUGGUGUGAAGGUAGACUGGUCGGACGGGCAUCAUGCCUAUUAUCCAUUUCCGUGGCUCAAGAGCCAUUCCAACAAGCCUGUUUCCAAGCUGGAACCGAAGUCAGAACUACAUUUCAGAGAGAUCAAAUCAUACGUUCCGGGCAGAGACAGUACAUUUCCCACAUUUCCUUACGCAGAUAUCAUGGCCGACGAUGGUGCUCUGCGUGACUGGCUUGAAGGAAUUUACGACUGGGGAUUUGCUUUUGUACAAGGAGUUCCUACCAACCCCGAAUCAACUGAAGCUCUCCUAAAGAGAAUUGCUUUCAUCAGAAACACUCAUUACGGUGGGUUCUGGGAUUUCACAGCCGACUUGACCUUCAAGGACACCGCAUAUACGACAGAAUUUCUCGGAGCACAUACGGACAACACCUAUUUCACCGAUCCUGCGAGGCUCCAGCUAUUCCACCUUCUAUCCCAUACCAAUGGAGAUGGCGGCGCCAGCCUACUUGUUGAUGGUUUCCGGGCUGCUUCGAUUCUUCGUGAAGAGAGCCCACAAGACUUCGAGGUAUUGAUGUCAACGAACCACCCUUACCACUCAAGUGGCAAUGAGGACGUAUGCGUGCAACCGGCGGAGCAAGCUCCAGUCCUUAAGGUUCACCCUGAACUACAACGGCUAUUUCAGAUUCGCUGGAACAACUAUGACAGAGCCGCCAAGAAGAAUUGGAACUGGGAGGAACAGGUCAAAUGGUAUACGGCCGCACGGCACUGGGACGAGAUAAUUCGUCGCAAAGACAUGGAGAUCUGGACACAGCUUGAACCAGGGACAGCCCUCAUCUUCGACAAUUGGAGAAUGCUUCACGGUCGCUCGGAAUUUACAGGAAAGCGCAGGAUGUGCGGUGGAUAUAUAAACAAUGAUGACUUCAUCUCACGAUACCGUCUUCUUAAAUUCGGUCGCGAGGAGGUCCUAAGAAACAUCGGCAAUGACCAGUGGUCCCUGGAUAACCCCAACUACUACAUUUGA